AUAUUUCCCCCUUAGUUUAGCUGCAGAAAGAGGAGGAAAACACAGCACGCGCACAUAUACACAGACACAGACACACAGACACACACACAAGCCACGUUUUCUGCAUGUGAAAUGUGUGUGUGUUCUUAAAAAGGCAGUGGUUGGCUGGUUUUCCGGACAUGAUGUGGUUGAAGCUGUCAUCGUAAUGGAAAUUCAUUGCUGUAGCUAUGGUAAAUCGAGUUUUCUGCCUGUGCUGAAUGCAUUAGUCUAAUGAGAUGUUUGCAGCUGGAGAGCGGAGCUGCCGGAGAUGUACGGUGCGCUAACAGACAGGGGAAAGAUGGCUUGUAGAAGGGUCGGUGGGCACGUGCUCCCAGUCCCUGACACUUUGGGCCAAAAUACCUGCCGUCUGUAGAGAAGUCGACCCGUCAUUAAACAUAAGCAAUAGAUCCUUUCCUUAUGAAUCAUUUGCCAUCACUGCCUCCUGGGCUGGACACUGUUGACAUGCAGUCUCCCAGAAUACCAGGUAGAAAAAGAGGAAGACCCCCACUGCAUUCAGCUCCCAUGAAAAUGGCUGUUCAUAAUCUUUAUUCUGCACCAGUUGGUUCUUUGCCAGUUGUGAAGAUCCCAAAGAAGCGAGGGAGGAAGCCAGGAUACAAGCUGAAAACUCGUGUUCUAAUGACUCCUUUAGCAAUCUCCCCACCAAGAAGCACACCAGAACCCGAUAUUAGUUCAAUCCCACAGGAUGCAGCUACAAUACCCAAUUCAGCAGCCCCACAAGCCCUCACAGUGUGCAUUUACGUCAACAAGCAAGCCAAUGUGGGGCCCUACCUCGAGCGGAAGAAAGUGCAGCAACUCCCAGACCACUUUGGACCUGAACGGCCUUCCAUGGUGCUGCAACAGGCAGUCCAGGCCUGCAUUGAUUGUGCACACCAGCAAAAGUCAGUCUUCUCACUUGUCAAGCAGGGCUAUGGAGGUGAAAUAGUGUCAGUUUCUGCUUCUUUUGAUGGGAAACAACAUCUACUGAGCCUACCGGUGGUGAACAGCAUUGGUUAUGUUUUGCGGUUCCUCAAAAAGCUUUGCCGCAGCUUACUGUGUGACAAUAUUUUCAGCAAUCAGCCUUUCCCACAAUACAGCACUUCUGAAAACCCUGAAGAAUAUGAAAAUGGACAAAUGGAAUCAGAAACAGCUAUACCUGAAGAUUACCUGAUUGAUCCAGUGACAACAAAACACUACAGUGUAGAUCCCUCUGAUUCUGCCUUCAAUUGUAUGGGGUCUGUGUACUCCAUGAGGCAGAGUUCUGGAGAUGGACGCCAUGGUGGAGGAUCGUCUUCUUCCUGUAGUCAUCGUUCUGGUCAAAUAGCUUCUGGAGGACCAUCAACUAGUCUGAGGCAUCAGACAACAAGCCCAACCCGAAAUGGAACUUAUCUGGAGGGAAACAGAAGUGCCUCAAGUCCUUCACCAGAAAGGCAGGAUGCAGCUCGACCUACAAGCAAGAAUCCUUUGACAUGGACUGUAGAUGAUGUGGUUCGGUUCGUAAAAGAUGCUGACCCUCAUGCUUUAGGACCUCAUGUGGAACUCUUCAGAAAACAUGAGAUUGAUGGCAAUGCUUUGCUAUUAUUGAAAAGUGACAUGAUCAUGAAAUAUUUGGGCCUGAAGUUGGGACCAGCACUGAAACUCUGUUAUCACAUCGAUAAACUGAAGCAAGCCAAGUUCUGAUGUUUUUUAUUAUAAAUACCUGACAAACCCAAUGUAAUUUGAGAAAGGAGAUGGAAGGUAAAGUGUCGCCUUACAGAGAGCUGUCCAUGUUCAAGCUGUUUCUCCUUCUUUUUUGUACUGAGAACCAGGUCUUUAUACAACUGUACAUUGACAUCUUUUUUUAAUCUGAUGGAGGGGAUGGUGUGGUCUGUUUUGCUGAUUUGUGUUAAUAAUUUCUCUAAAAAGUAUAUAAUGAUAAUUAUUUUAUAUUAUUGUUGUUAAUAUUAUUAUCGUUAAGUCCUAUUUUUGUAAUCACAAGUGUAAAAUCAGAAACAAAAAAAGAACUUUAGGGAAAGUGGUUUUUUUUUAGAUUUUCUGUGGACGGCUUCACAUAUGUAUGUUUAUUGCUUGAUCAGUGAACAUCACUGCAUUGACUUUGUGAGUAACCUGCCACAGCUGCAGGGUUUUCAUGCCACUACAAUGUUGUUCAGUACAACUGUAAACCACCAGUUGCUAACUAGUUUGGUGAUUCACAUGCAUUUGUGAACCAACUGAAAAUCUAAUUCUGCAAUGCAAUUACUGACAUUCCUGUCACUGGUAGACCAGUUUUAUUUCUCCCAAUUGCUUGUAAUGGCCACAGAAAAUAUUAUGUGAAUAUGAUUGUAGGAAUGCUAUUUACAGAGAUGCUGCUUGAAUGCACAUCUACAUGGAAGAUCAUCACAAAUGUAGGCAUAUUCUCAUGACAUCCGGUUCCCGAAAGCUGUUCAGCAAUUGUGCUGACGUUCGUAUUUCCUACAAGUCUAAGUUAGCACCAUGAUGUGCUUGCAAACAUAGUGAUAGAUGAGGAAUUUUCUAGACAUGUAACCCUAAAAUAUCCAGAGGCAGCAAUAUGUUUUUUCGUGUUAUGGUCAACAUCAUUCCUCUGGUUGAAAGCAAAUGUGAAAAUGCCAUGUAGAGGAUAAUCAAAUGGCUACGGAUCUCCAUUCAGCAGUUGCCCACACAAGCUGGAUUCCGCUGGAAAACCACCACCAAAUAUCUAGAAUCUCGAUAUUUCACUCUGUGAUGUUUGAACUUGUUAUGGGGCACAUUUUAGUGUCAAAUCACUGGAACAAGAGGUUGGCUUAGUAGUGCUAGUAACUCUUUGUGAUUGCCACUAAUGUUUCCCAAAGCCCUCUGGUAACUGCAGAGAAAGACUGAAAGAACUCUCAUUUCCCACAGAAAGGAACUAGAGGUCACCUGUUCUGCAGAGCUUUGGGGCUUCCCUAAAUGUGGCUCUGCUCCAAAGCUUAGUGUAACACAAGAGUUCUCCUUCACUAUUUCUCUGAAAUCUGAGAUGAGCUUGGAGGAGCAGGUGGAGGAUUAUGGCCUGGGCAAGUGCCAUCAGCAGGGACAGGUUGGUAGUGUAUGUAAUGAGCAGUGCUCAAAAUGAAACCUAUGUUAUUAACAUUCUUCAUGUAGCCAUAUUUCUGAUUCAUUAAGUGACUUAGGUGAGACUACUAUUUGAUUAAGCCUAUACUGGUGUACAUAUUUGACCUUAGUACAAUGACAGUGGAAUUGAGAGAAAGCAACCAAGAGGCCUAGAAGUGUUUCCAGUAAACUUUAUUGCUCUGUCAUAUGGGGAAAUAUGUUGUUGUGUGCCUUCAAGAUAUUUCUGACUUAUGACCAUCCUAAGGGAACAUAAUCAUGGAUAUUUCUUGGCAUAAUUUGUUCAGGAUGUGUGUGCCAUUGUCACCCACAGAGACUGAGAGACACGAUUUGCUCAAGGUCACCUGUUAAGUUUCUAUGAUUGAGUAAAGAUUUGAACCCUUAUUUAUCUAUGCUUGUUCCGUGCUCAAACUGCUAUACAACACUGGCUUUGGGGAAACAUGUCCAUGAUUUGCUCUGUCUAGAAAAUAUGGACUUUUCCCCAAGGAAAUAAGAAGUGGGGAUUUCUGAAAACUCAAGGAUCUUGUUUUCUCCAUUUGAGGGACUGAUAAACACCAUACUUGAGCUGUGAGGAAAUUGUUGUUUUCUAAAGAGCAGCUUUCUCUUGAGUGAUAUUUCACUUGCAAUCAAACAUAGAAUUGCUGCUUCUACUCUAAUCAACUUUUCCUGAUUCUCAAAGAGUGCAAUCUGCUCUCCAGUGCCACAAAAACAUUCUUAGGAAAAAUCACCACAACUGAUAACAAGUCCUGUUCCCACAAGUUGUGGGUAAAGUGCAGACAAAAUUGGGAAAACAUAUAUUGACUAGCCAUCUCCUUCUUAUUUUGGUCCUGUGUAAUGUGUUUCUGAAAAAGUGGGAUGAGAGAGAAAACAGUAUGUUCUAGGAAGAAAAACAGGAAGAAAAAAAUAAGUAUUAGAGCUCCAGAAUGUCACCACAUCUAGAAGAAACAUAGAUUGUUUCUAGGUUUAAUCUUCCAGCUGUGGUUGCACCCACAGAAUUUUUUGUCAAAUGUUUUAGUAUAAAAUGGAAGUGCAUAGCCCUUGUUAUUCCACUUAGCAGUGAGUCAGGUUUUUGCAUCUAGUACUGCUGCGGUUGGAGGAGAAUGACAGGCAGAAUUUCAAGUAAAAUAUUUGGGGAGGUGUAUUCCCCUCCCCCCCUUGUAUUGAAAUAUGUAUCCAGUUAAUCACUUUUUUAAAAAAAACUCUAUUAUUCCUGUCAAGAACUAAAGAACAUAUUCCUAAUUGUAACUUCACAUUCUUUUUGUGUAAGUUAGUGUGAUGCCAAAAGUCUUGAAAAUGUUUUGGUGUACAGUUGUAGAAUGAAUGAAACCUAGAUAUGUAUGUACACUUGAAUUCCUAUGCUGAUUAUGCAUCACUAUCAACCCAUAGCAUCAACCCAUAAACCCAUACAUCAUUAUGGGUCUUCUUAACUUUCUUCUGGCCUCUCUAACGGAGAGGGAAACAGAAUACUUGUGGCAUGCUCCAAAUGACAGAUGUCUACACAAUAACUUGUGUACCGAGAUCUACAAUGUGGGACUCUGCUAGCAUGAAUUCUCCAUGUGGGCUUCUUCAUGGAAAGGAGCAAUUGCCAAGGAGAAACCUCUUACAACAUGUUGAGCAGUUCUUUAGAUGCCUUAUGGUAUUAUGUAUCAUUGUUUUCUACACAGAAAAAGGGAGUUGUUGACUAUUUCUUCUGGGUAAAAUUUGCACGAGGUUGAUUUCCAUAGAAAAUAGCAUUUCUGUACAGGAAUUAAUAUUUCUGCACUGAAAUAAUCUUUUCAUUGCAGAACUUGCUGUUUAUUGUUCGGAAAAUACGGUUCUCUGUACAAAUCUUCUACAUGCAAGUUUCGACACAAAAUAAGUCCUGAAUUGUGACUAACCCUUGAAAAUCCCAUGUUUUUCAAAAACUUUCUCAGAACAUCAAGAAAUUUUUUGAAAUUAUUUCUUGCUUCCUUUGAGAAGAAAUUUAGUAAAGAAAUACACCAUUGAUUUUUCUACAGUUAUAUACAAUUGCUGCUUUUAAGCCAGGUUACCUGUGCAACAACGGUGCUAUAUCUUCUGAGUCUCCUCAUGUUUGAUUGUAUAUACAAUUUAAUAUAGCUGUAAUGUUGUGCUUUGGAAAUUAUAUGACAAUCUUGCCUUCUACAAAGUCUUCAAUAUAGAAUUGUCCUCCUGGUGGGAGUUUUCUGUCUUUUCUUAAGGAAAGCAGGAAAUCUUUGCAUUUCUCUCAAAUUCUGUAUGCAAUACAUCUUAUGUACCCUGACUAUCUCAUUGUAAUAAUGAUAUGUAUCACCAGCCAUGUGAUUUUCAAAGCAUAAACAUUUCUCUUGUGUGAUUAAGGCAAAAUUUCAAUAGCGCUUUUUUUAAAAAAAAAUCUUAAGAUUACCAUUUAAUGUUUAGUCAUUGUUUUAGAAUCUGAAUUUUCCUUAAUUCCUAAAGAAAUCCAUUUUAAUAAUUUCCUAUCCUUUUAAAAUAUUUUCCAACCAAAUUAAUAUAGAAAUUUGUGGCACAUUAAAGGCUAAUUCAUUGAUAACACCUCUCACUCCCAUGAAAGGUCAUGCUACCACAAAUUCCUUACAUUUUGCUCUUUUCCAGCCUAUGGGUCAAGGCUUACAGCAGUCCUAAAAUUUGUCCUCUUCUUUAUUAAUUAUGAUUAUCCUCAUUGUUUUUCUUUCCCCAGAGGCUGUUUGCUCCAUGGUCCUAAUAGCCACAUUAAGCUAUACUAUAGAUGCAAUCAUAUGCAUACUUACUCUUGAGUAAAUAAAUAUCAUUGUGCACAGUGGGGUUAUUUCUGAACAAACAUGCACAGGAUUGUAUUGAGAUGGACCAAGGGCAUGGAAUGACUAUCUCUACAAUCAUAUAUGGUAUUGCUGUUUGGAAUUGAUGGCAGCUAGUUUGUAACGGCACAUGCAAGAAUUAUACCAUAAAGAUAGUGUGUCUUAAGCCAUUAGCCAUUGGGAACAGAGAGGGCAUGAGAAAUGGAAGGUUAUGGCAGUACAAUAAAUUCAGGUCAAUCUAAUCUCAUUGGAUUAAAUGCCUGAGCAUAGCACAAGACCAUCAAGUAAUACUUUGAGUUGUAUCCAGAUGUUAAAUCAGUAUCUUACUGAUUUCAGUGGGACUUACUGUACCUUACUCCUGGUUACUAACUGAAGCUCCAUUUAUUUUAGUGGGUCUGUUGCAGAGUUUGGAUUUUUAAAAACUAUAGUUCCCAGAAACCCACUGCCAGCAAAAACAAUGACUAUGCUGGCUGAGGAUUGUGAGAGUUGUACUGUAAACGAUAAUUUUUCUGAUCUGUGAACUAUUCUAAGUUGGACUGUAGAUACUGUUAAUGCUGGAUGGAGAAUUAUAGGUCCAAAAUGGAAACUUUUCCCAAGCCUAGUCUUUUCUAAGUAUGACUAAGUUUGCAAGUGAGAUCACAAUAGCGUUAUAGAACAGAGGCUUUUGUUUCCCUAUUGCCCGGUUUGCUCCUGCAGAAUUCUGGGAAAUGUAGUUCAGAAUCCUUCCCUAAACUAUAUUUCCUAGAAUUCUGCAGGAGCAAACCAGGUGAUAGCAAAGCGGGCACCUCUGCUUUAUAAUGCAAAUGUGAUAUUGUUCUGCAUCUCACUCAAAGUGUUUGAAGAUGGUCAGCUAUUUUCUUAUAUGCAGAUACUUUGAAAUAUUCUCUUCUUUGCAUUUUGGUGUUGGAAUUGCACUGUUACAGUCAUCAUGAUGAUGAUGAUAAUGAUAGGUAUAUUAUAAUGAUGAUGAUCAUCAUCAUUCUACUAUGAUGACACUAUCACAGAGUUUUCUUGGCAAGAGUUAUGCCAUCUCCUUCCCCUAAGGCUGAGAUAGUGUGCAAGGUAACCUAAGAGGUUUCCAUGGCUGAACAGUGAUUGAACUCUGGCCUCACAAAAUCCUAUUCCAACAAUCAAAUCACUAUAGCACUCUAGGUUGCUCUCCUGAAAUGAACAGCGUAGACAUGCUAAGAAGAUAAGCAUCAUGACCACCCACCACCUAUUACUGUAGAUCGGUGGUUCCCAACCUUUGGUAAUGCAGGUGUUUUGGACUUCAGUUCCCACAAGUCCUAACUGCUGGUAAACUGGCUUGGAUUUCUGGGAGUUGAAAUCCAAAACAACUGGAAGACCAAAGGUUGGGAACCACUGCUAUAGAUGGAUGAAUUGUUACUGUGGAUCCCAACAAAAUAAAACUACACUCCACAUCAGUGUAUUGAAGGCAGAGAUGAAGCGAAUCAUUUUGAUCUAUAUGUGCAAAAAGGGUGAUUAAAGUGUGUUUAGAGGUGGUGAGUGCUUUUUAAUGAUCUAGAGUAAGAACCCACUUAUGGUCAUCAAAAUCUUAUUUUUCUCUCUUGCUUUCCUUUUAAUAUCCCCUCUACUCACCAAACCAACAUGCACUCAAGAGUAAUUGAAAAUAAAAACAAAGAUCUCUUGAGCUAUAAAAUAUUUUAUAAUCACUGCAAUUUUCCAAAAAUUCACAACAUAAAUGUAUUUAAUGAUGCCAUUUGCAAUAUUUGGUGAUCAGAGAGAAGAUGACAUGAUCCUAAUGUUGGGGAGGAUAAGAAAAGCAUUAAUUUUAAUGAAUUUUAUUGUAAUCAGGCUCACUUUGUUGUACAUUUAUCACAAUUUUCCCAGCUCCUUGCUAGCCUUCUAAAAGGCAUUUGUUAAACUGCUGUGGUGUUUUAAAAACAUGUCAGACCAUUUCUUAUGAAUGGAUGCUGAAGAGUCAGAAGUUCCCAGCCAUUAAUUUCCACACCGGGUCCUAUUUCAGACAUGGCUUCUAUAAAUUACAUUUCUUGUUAGGCUAUCUCUUCACAUACACUUGAGAUAACAGCCAAUCAAGUUACAUUUUGGAAAAUGGAUAUGCCCUCCAAUGCAAUUAUAUGUGCCUGUUUUCUUUUAUGAAAAAGCUAGGCAAGAUCAAAAGCUGUUGCUUGGAGCAAAAUUUUGAAUGUUGUGAACCUUCUGUUUCCUAUAAAAUUCAAGAUCAAAGUCUGGAGGGAAGGUGAUGGUACACUGUAAUAUCUGUAAUACUGUAGCUCAAACAGAGAUUCGUUUUACUGAGCCGCCUGGGCUAUUCAUCUUUGUUCUCUUUAAUAUAGGGAUGGGUCACUGGUAAAUGGAUGUCCACAGCUGGUUUUCUAAUCCAAAUUUUCAGGGAUUAACAAUGAAUUAGUGGUGAAGUCGGUUAAACCCUUGUGCCGGCAGGACUGACAGGUGGUAGGUUCAAAUCUGGGAAGAGUGUGGAUGAGCUCCCUCUGUCAGCUCCAGCUCCCCAUGCGGGGACAUGAGAGAAGCCUCUCACAAGGAUGGUAAAACAUCAGAACAUCCAGGAGUCCUCUGGGCAACAUCCUAGCAGAUGGCCAAUUCACUCACACCAGAAGUGACUUGCAGUUUCUCAAGUCACUUCUGACACGAUGCAAAUUAAGAUUUGUGGUAACUGAAUCCUGCCACCCAUAAUCAAAAAGCUUUCAUAACUUUUUUGAUUUUGUGAAAUCUUUGAACCCAAUGGAUGAUUUUUAUAUGUGAGACAGUCUACCCCAUCUCCUUUUAUUAUUCUUAAUUUUCUAGAUGCGCCCAGAAUUCAACUCAACCCUUUUAAGCAAUUCAGACUGUGACUCUAGUUUUACCCUUAAAAGAGAGUAAAUCCCAUUAUACUUAAUGGGGGAUAUUUUGACAGAACAGCCCUUGUUUGGAGCAGCUUCAUUCUAGGCCAGUGGUUCUCAACCUGUAGGUCUCCAGAUGUUUUGGCCUUCAACUCUCAGAAAUCCUAACAGCUGGUAAACUGGGAUUUCUGGGAGUUGUAGGCCAAAACACUUGGGGACCCACAAGUUGAGAAUCACUGUUCUAGGCCAUGUGAGCCUUAUAGCAGCAGCAGUAAGAACAAAGCUGAGUUUCCUGAGGAAAGUAGGAUUGAAUGGGAUGAUACAUUCAACACAUGUUUAGAAGAGCUUCUUCCUGAAAUGAUGAAAUACAUUCGUUUGUCAGAGGAAAUUAUUGUCCCUAACUGUGUAUCUUGCAUUUAGGUUGUUUUUGGUGUUGUGUAUCUGGUCAUUGAAAAGUAAACACAGGAUUAAUUUGGAAGUCUGUUUGCUGAGACACACAACUCAAUGGAAACACCAUUAAGAAAAGAAAAGGCAUGCCAAUUGAAGGGAAUAUUAAUCUCCCUCCAUUUUUAUUUUGACCAUUAGAAUCUUGUUCUUUAAUAGGAAACCCUUCAGAACUCAUGAAAAGUGAAUCAUUCAUCUCUUCUGGUGCAGAUUAAUCUACAUUCUCUGCAUCUCAGAGACAGCAAAAGCCCAGGUUUUUCAAAAAUCAAUUAGAUAUGUGCUAUGCCCUUUAGGAUUGAUGGAGGUAAAUUUGAUUUUUAAGUCCUAGUUCUUUGUAAAUGCAUAAUGUUUACAGGUUUAAAAAUAUUAAUUUUAAUAAAUUAGAUAUUUAUUAUGACACUGUUUAGAUAAUUUUUUUUAAAAA